UGAAGGCUAGCGCUUGGUUUGAAUAUUUUGCGCCUAAAAAGUUGUUUUCUAGAUUUUACUGUUCUUAGCUACGUACAUCUCUGCCAAUUUUAAUUACCAAACGAUAUUCAAAAUGAUGAGAAAACGUACAUCUUUUACACCACAAACAUUGUGUUAUCCUCCAAUCUACAAAAUUAAACUAGUUAAGUUAUCUGAACUUGAGAAUCUUUUCGCUAAUGAGAUAUUGGGUUCAGCUCCAACUGGCAAAGUGCACGAAUGCAUGAUAAGAUAUGUCACUUCAUUCAUUGAACCAAGAGAUUGGCGGGCUAUUUGGCGAACAUCUAAAAUUGGUAUCAACUCGACUGGGAUCGUUUGUGACUUUAUAGUUGAAGUUUUGGAUGUUGCUCACAAUGCUUUGGAAGCUUCUGUAUCGAUUGACAAACUACUCUAUCCAUCAUUGGCAGGGGGUGACUGUAACGAGGAGGAAAGAGUUGAAAUUGAAAAGCUUAUGAAGCAGAAAAUUGUCAAUGUACCUUUGACCGAGCUCUACGUUAUCAAUGAAAAUGAUGAUGAAUAUUCCGUAACUGCAGUUGUUAUUGAACAUGUUAGAUUCUUCUAUCGCCAUAUUUGGAGACCAUGGGAUGAUAUUAUUACUCGACCUUCCGUUGAGUCGUUUGCUGAAAAUUUCUUAUCCGAAAGAUUGAGAUUAUACUUUGAGAUCAGUUGUGGCUCUAUUAAUCAACCUAUUGUUGAUAGGAUUAACUAUUUACUCGAGGAAGGUGCACGGUUAAAGGCUCGUUUCGAAGAAGUUAAUACAAGAAUGGAAGCUGUCAACCAAGGCUUGGAAGGUGGUGAUUGGGGAACCAACGAAGAAAUUGCUAUAAAUGACUUUGAUUUAUAUGAAUCUUUACGUCUUCAAAUGAAAUUGGAAGAUUUCGAUUUGGAGAUGACACGGCUGGAAGAUCCUCUUCUUCGAAGAAUUGUUAUGGUUGUAGAUGCUCCUACAGAAUCAAAUGAUCAAGAAAAAAUCCAUGUUGUUGCAGUAAAAUAUAAUUUGACGGUACUUGAGAAGAUAAUGUCUUUUUUGAAAGCAAAUCCAAGAAUAGCAAGCAACAAUCUCGAAUCUCCUCAUAGAAACACCUCUCCUUUGGUUUUCCACCAAGAUUUGCCUUCAGCAUUUGCUUCGACAAAAUCUGGAGAUAAAGUUCUAAUCAUGCCAGGAAAUUAUGCCUGCGUUACGACACUUUGGAUUACUAAAGAUAUUAGCAUUUUGGGUGUUUCAGCAAAAAAGGAAGAUGUAGUUCUUGAAUCGAAUGACCCGACUGGUGAGAUAUUCCUACACUGUGCUUCCGAUGAGGUUUAUAUCUCCAAUAUUACUCUUCGUACGACUGAUCCAUCUCAUGGUAUCCUGCAAGUUCAUUUCGGCCAGACUCAUCUUAAAGACUGUAUUCUUGACGGUGGUCAGUGUCGAACAACCCUAUCUGGUCAACUUUAUCUCACAGAAUGCAACAUACCGCAUCCAUUCACUUUGAACGAAUCUGAAAGUUCAAUCAAAAUCACAUCAUCCAAUCUCAGCGAUUCAUUGGUGUGCUCAAGUCAUUCAUCUUAAAAAGUUUCUUGAUUUUUAUGAAUUUUAAAUUGCGUAUGUUUUAAAGAAUUGCAAAUGUAGCUUUUAAAGGCUGUUACAAUGUUAAAUGACUAUAUUAAGUCUAGUUUAUUUCACUCAAUCGUUUAAAUCAUAUUUCAUUAUUAAAAAUGAUUACAAUAUUAUUGAACAAAUGAAGAUACAAGCUUUCAACUGUUAAUCCUAUUUGAUCAAAGCUUUAUUGAUACAAAUUUCGUCACUUUUUCAUGAAAAACUAAGAAUAGAAUGAAACUUUCCAAUUUAUUACAUCAUUUUAUAAAUUCAUAUCUGAUCGGCAUCAUUUAUUUAUUUCAAUCACCUUCUGUAAGUGAACCGUAUUUCUAUUUACAUUGAUUAGAUGUUAUCUAAAAUUAGUGGAUUGCUCUGACUUGUUCAAUUUAUCCUUUAAUUGUUGUAUUUCUUGCUUCCGAUUACCCCUUCCAUCAUCGAGAUGAUUACCAAAAAUAAAUAUUUCAAUAUCUACAAGUAACUAGUGAUGAAAUUUGUUUAAA